UUUUCUCGCACUUUUUCUCAGUCCGUUUUGAACCCAUUAAAGCUCCUCACAAAUCUCACCAGUUUCGAACCUAAUAUACUCUCACCGUUUCUUUUCUUUCACGCUGUGAUUCUUUUCCCUACUUUUUUUUUCCUCUCUUUUUAAGCUCCUUCUCAUUGCUGCAACAAGGGGCCUGUUUGGUUGCCGAGAAGUGGGUGCUCGGGAUUCUUUUUUUUGUAGAAAAUUGAUCGUUACUGUCAUCGCGUUGCUUACUGGAAGCUCUAUUGUUGGAUCAUUUUGAUCUCAGUUCAGAUAUAUGAACUCCUACCGGCAAUCAUGGUAUCAAGGUCUUACAUGAGCUUGUUGGAAUUUGCAUCUGGGGACAUGUUAAAUUUCCCUCAGACUCCUAGAACCCUUCCAAGGGUGAUGACUGUUCCUGGAAUCAUUUCUGAUGUAGACAGAGGUGCAAGUAGUAAUGAAGAUUUUGAUGUUCCCUCUAAAAUCCGUGAAAAGAUAAUUAUAGUGGCAAAUUUUCUCCCUCUACAUGCUCAAAAGGACCCAGAAUCUGGCAGAUGGUGCUUUAGUUUUGACGAGGAUGCACUUUUAUUGCAACUGAAGGAUGGUUUCUCAUCUGAUAGUGAUGUUGUUUAUGUGGGAUCUCUGAAGGUUGACAUCGAUGCCAGAGAGCAAGAAGAAAUUUCACAAAGACUGCUGGAGGAGUUUAAUUGUGUGCCCACAUUCCUCCCUCCUGACCUCCAGAAAAAGUUCUAUCAUGGGUUCUGCAAGCAAUAUUUGUGGACCCUUUUUCACUACAUGCUGCCCCUCUGCCCGGACCACGGUAAUCGCUUUGACCAGAUGCUUUGGCAUGCCUAUGUUUCUGCGAAUAAAAUAUUUGCAGAUAAGGUUAUGGAGGUCAUCAAUACUGAAGAUCAUUAUGUGUGGGUUCAUGACUAUCAUCUCAUGGUUCUCCCUACAUUUUUGAGAAAGCGUUUCAAUCGAGUUAAGCUUGGCUUCUUCCUUCAUAGCCCAUUUCCCUCAUCAGAAAUCUACAGGACUCUGCCUGUCAGAGAUGAGAUUCUGAAAGCACUGCUUAAUGCAGACUUGAUUGGUUUUCACACAUUCGACUAUGCUCGCCACUUUCUCUCUUGUUGCAGUAGAAUGCUGGGCUUGGAGUAUAAAUCUAAGCGGGGCCACAUUGGACUUGAAUAUUUUGGACGCACAAUUUAUAUCAAAAUUUUGCCCGUGGGCAUUCAUAUGGGUCGACUUGAAUCUGCAUUGAAUCACCCUUCUUCUUCCAUCAAGGCCAAAGAGAUCGCAGAGCAAUUCAAGGGGAAAAAGCUUAUUAUUGGUGCUGAUGACAUGGACAUUUUCAAAGGCAUUAGUCUAAAAUUGUUAGCCAUGGAGCAGCUUUUGCUGCAGAAUCAAGAGUUAAGGGGAAAACUUGUUCUGGUGCAAAUCAUAAAUCCUGCAAGGAGCACAGGAAAGGAUGUUCAGGAGGCAAAAAGGGAGACAUAUAUGACUACCAGAAGGAUAAAUGCGGUUUUUGGUUUUCCAGGUUAUGAACCAGUUAUCCUUAUUGAUUGUAAGAUGCCUACAUAUGAGAAGACGGCCUAUUAUGCUUUGGCAGAAUGUUGCAUUGUCAAUGCUGUGAGGGAUGGUAUGAACCUAGUCCCAUACAAGUACAUUGUUUGUAGGCAAGGGACUGCAAAAAUGGAUGAAGCUUUGGGAAUUGCCUCUGCAUCCCCUCGUGCUAGUACACUUGUUGUUUCUGAGUUCAUUGGAUGCUCACCAUCCCUAAGUGGGGCAAUUAGGGUGAACCCAUGGGAUAUUGAUGCUGUGGCCGAUGCGCUAAAUUUGGCCAUCACGAUGCCUGAUUUAGAGAAGCAGUUGCGGCAUGAGAAGCACUUUCGCUACAUUAGUUCUCAUGAUGUGGCUUAUUGGUCUUGCAGCUUCCUGCAGGAUCUGGAGAGGGCCUGCAAAGAUCACUAUAGUAAACGAUCCUGGGGCAUUGGUUUUGGUCUUAGUUUCAGAAUUUUGUCCCUAUCUCCCAGUUUUCGGAAGCUUUCGGUUGACCAUAUUGUCUCUGCAUAUAAGAGGACGAAAAGAAGGGCAAUUUUUUUGGAUUAUGAUGGAACAGUUGUGUCCCAAGCUUCAAUUAUUAAAACCCCAACACCUGAAGUCAUCUCUGUUCUGAACAACCUGUGUAAUAACCCUGAGAACACUGUUUUUAUAGUUAGUGGUAGGGGGAAAAAUUCACUUGGUGAAUGGUUUGAUCAAUGUGAGAAUCUGGGUAUUGCGGCUGAGCAUGGAUACUUCAUAAGGUGGAGUAGGACAUCCAAGUGGGAAACCAAUCCCAUUGCCACAGAUUUUGAUUGGAAAAGAAUUGCUGAACCUGUAAUGACAUCAUAUACCGAGACAACUGAUGGCUCCUAUAUAGAGUCCAAGGAGAGUGCCUUGGUGUGGCACCAUCAAGAUGCUGAUCCGGACUUUGGAUCUUGCCAGGCCAAGGAGCUUUUGGAUCAUCUUGAAAAUGUCCUUGCAAAUGAGCCUGUAGUUGUUAAGAGGGGCCAGCAUAUUGUUGAAGUAAAGCCACAGGGAGUUACUAAAGGAUUGGUUGCAGAGAAAGUUCUCUCCACAAUGAUCAGUAAUGGCAAACCACCAGAUUUUGUGAUGUGCAUUGGGGAUGAUAGAUCCGACGAGGACAUGUUUGAAAGCAUAUCAACCACGUCUUAUAGCUUAUGUUUACCGGCAGCUCCAGAGAUCUUUGCAUGCACUGUUGGCCAAAAACCAAGCAAAGCUAGGUACUAUCUUGAUGAUACUGUGGAUGUUGUGAUAUUGCUUCAAGGUCUUGCCACUGCUUCAAAUACCAAGCCAAGGUGUAGUUCAGAAACUCAAGUUUCCUUCCAAAAUUCUGCUUGAAAUGCGCACAGCCUUAUGUAGGGUUGAGAGGCAACGGCGUGGAUAUGGACGUGUUGAAAAGGAUUACUCUCUUAAAUGGUGUUUCCCUUCAUGUGAUAUAGACCGACAUACUACAGCAAUUUGGGAUUGGUUUUUGCUUUUGACAUUUUAACUUAUUUGUUACAAGGUUGGGGGGCUGCUUGAUGCAACUCAUGGUUCCUUCAGAGGGGCGGAUGAGCACUUGGGAUUAUGGUCGUCUGGAAUCGUCACCGACUGACUGACAUAGAAUUUUUCGUUUACUUGAAAGGUGGGCCGGUCUGCGUACCAUCAGCGCUUAUUGGGCACCAUACAUCAGAUGUUAAUUACAGGUAUAGUUACCAAUACAUGGAAAGUCAUUCUAGUAUCGACGUGUUCCUCCUAGGGUUAUGCUUUCUGCCUGGAGAUCCCAAUGAGGAUGGUACUUUUCACCUUCCCCCCUUGAAAUUGAACAGGUUUCUUGACUCAGAUGAUGUAUAGAGAACUUCAUACUUCACAGAAUGAUAGAUAAGCCUAUUUUUCUUUUGACCUA